AUUUCUGGCAAGGUUAUGUCAGCUGAUUGUUAACAACUUACUGACGGGUAUUUUAGUGGCUCCUUUACACCGGAACGUUCGGCCCGCCGGAUUCGGCUGAGCGGGGGAAUGUUUUUAACGUGACACGAAAAAGAUGCCACCCAGCAGCGUCUGCGUCGAGAGAGCUGCUGAGAUCCGGAGUGUGAGGGCAGCAGCCAGCGCGGCAGCAGACCCGCACUUCAGUGAGAAGUUCUGCCUGGAGCUGGUCAGGUCCAGAGACUAUGACGGCUUCGUGUCCUCCCUUCUGCUCCCAGAGGAGGCUCGGCGCUCCUCUUUGGCUCUGAGAGCCUUUAACGUGGAGCUGGCACAGGUGAAGGACUCUGUUUCCCAGAAGACUAUUGGUUUGAUGCGAAUGCAGUUCUGGAAGACGGCCAUAGAUGAUAUCUACAGAAACGAUCCUCCAAACCAGCCGGUCAGCUUGGAGCUGUGGAGGGCCGUGAGGAAACACGAGCUGACAAAGAGAUGGCUGCUGAGGAUCGUAACAGAGAGAGAAAAGGAUCUGGAUGACAGAGCCUACAGAAACCUCCAGGACCUGGAGGCGUAUUCCGAGAACACUCAGUCCUCCUUGAUGUACCUGCUGCUGGAGUGUUUAGGGGUGAAAGACGUCCAUGCAGACCACGCAGCGAGUCACAUCGGUAAAGCUCAGGGAAUCGUGACGUGUCUCAGAGCGACUCCUUAUCACAGCAGCCGACGGAAAGUCUACCUGCCCGUGGACGUCUGCAUGCUGCACGGAGCGUCUCAGGAGGACUUCAUCCGCGGCAGCAGGGAGCCGAACGUCCGGGAUGUCGUGUACGACAUCGCCAGCCAGGCUCACGUGCAUCUGCAACACGCGCGAUCGUUCAGCAGCAGCGUCCCAGCAGCUGCCACCCCGGCCUUCCUCCAGACGGUGGUGUUGGAGGACUACCUGCAGAGAGUGAGGAAGGCAGAUUUUGAUGUCUUCCAUCCCAGCCUGCAGAAAAGAAACCCCCUCCUCCCCCUGCAGCUGUACCUCCGCUCCUGGAAGAUGACCUACUGAUGUCCGUGCUCCUCCUCGUCCUCUCGUCCUCCUCGUCCUCUCGUCCUCCUGUCCUCCUGUCCUCCUGCAGUGAUCACAGAUCAUCUGCUGCCUCUGAAGGCUGCAGAGACUCCACCUCUCUGGGACACUGCAGCAGGUCUGUAAAGAGAUCCAGACUCGUUUUGAGCCCCGGCGACCACAAACGAGACGCCGACUGUCGUUUCUCCGCCUCUGGCUCACACACCAGCUUUAAUCUGAAGAUUCUGCUGCACCUGCAGCUCGUAGUCUGAGCCAAAUAGACGAGAGUCUGCACCAGAAUUCAAGUGUUUAGUGUUUUAUUUGGGGAUGGACGCUUGGUGCAAGUUAAGGUAAAAAGUGAAACAACAAAGUAUAAAUCCAGUUUAUUAUGAGUUAUUUUUGUAGUUAGAGUAAGCAGGUAACUCGGAAGUUAACUUCCAAGAUGUGGAAAACAAGUGUGACGUGAAGAAGGAGGAGACGAUCAGACCAACAGAUCAGAAAAACGUGUGUGGAAGCCGAGUCAGGUGGAGAAACCACUGCAUCCACUCACCUCAGCACCAUCAGGAGGGUCCAGGUGGGAUGAAGUUGUCCCAACACUGCUGGAGUCUGAGCCCCCUGAUCAGGCAGCAUUGGAACGUUUUGUGUUUCCUGCUGCACAGACGCCUCAGUGUCUCUGUGUGUGUCUCCUGAGGUGGACGUUAUCGUCUGUAGUCUCUUAUUAAACCAAGCUGAGCACAUGAUGGAAA